AUGUCACAACCGCGCAGCAAAUUCUCGCAACAAAUCAAGGACCAGAAGGAGCUUGAGAUCAUUGAACUCGACGAGUCUGCCUUCGUGGAUGCCAAGGGCUUCGAAGAAACAAUGGGUAGACCCAUUUUUACUCGCGCGUUGAUCGAACAAGCGGCUAACGAUGUCGAGCAAGCUCGUGAAGGAGUCAGCCGGACUGCAAACCAGUUAUCCGAUGCAUCGCUCGUACUUGGUGCCGGGGCAAGAGUAGGCCAGAUUUCUCUGCCAGUCAGUUAUAUGUACUGGGUGAAUACAUUCACUCUGGCUGAGGGAGGUAACACGGUCGCACCGCACCGUCCGUACUAUAUUGGUAGUAACAACGAGAAAACUAUAUUUAGUGCGACUCCGACGUUCAAGCCUAAUGAUCCAGAUCAUCCGCUUCGAAAGCACGUGGCUAGCAUGCCAGAUCCACCCGAGCUAAAGCUGAUCGAAGGCUACGAAGCAGCUCUACUAGCGAGUCCGUUCUGGGCCGGCGUACGACAGCGUCUAGACAACCUGCAAGUCAGGAUUGAAAACAUCGUAUGUAUGGCUCUGGGUACUCCUUUCCGAUACGAUGACAUGGGCAACUAUGCAGAAACAGUAAGCGAUCGCCGCUGCACACAGCACCUCCUUGCGUGCGCGAUCUCAAAGUACCUCUCCCAGCGCUACUAUGCCUCUUCAGCACCAUCGCCCUCGUCGCAGACCCCCAUUCCAAUCGUCGCUCACGACCCCUCGUACAACUUCAAUGCGUUGAGCAUCCUCUCCCGCCUUUCCCCACCUAUAACCAUCGUCUCAGACCCACACCAAUACCUCUCUAUCACCCCAUCUACGCUAAUCAUCGCAAUCGGUAUUCCCGUUUUCGUGCCUAUCUAUGAGAUUGCAGCAGACAUAUGCUUCCCUAGCGGACCGGCGGCUCUCCUAUGCUAUGAGAUUUGGGAGCAUCCGUGGCACAAGCAGGGGAAGACGAUGGGCCUCGAUCAAUGGACGCCGCGCGUGGGCAAAAUGUUGGAGUUGUACGCUGCAGAGUGGCUUGGUAGCGAGGCUGUCGAUGCUGAUCCGGAAGUUGCUGGUGAAAAUGCAAUCCACGCGUGGGCGCAGAAUUUGUUUUGGUAUGCACGGAAGGAAUAG